CUGUCAAAUUGAAUACUGCCAUGCUAACUGCCAAAAAUAGUCAACAGCUUAUACCGACUAAAAAUUCCGGAAAUCUUGAUUCUGAAUUGUUUAAAGGAGAAACUACAACAAUCUCUACAAUUGCAGUACGUGCUGAGCCUCAUUCUACUUUAGUUGUUGCCUUAUUAAAGAGCAUCAAUUACGUUGAUUUCCGCAUUGAUGAAAUGCAACCCGGCCUUUUAGAAAUUGGUAAAAACCCUCAGGACAACACUCAACUGUUGCUAAUACACACGGAUUUGUUUCAAAGAUUACUAGAAAAACAUCAACAAGUAGAUGAUUUACUUGCUCGAGCUGAGCAAAUAGCUAGUGAACAGACUGAAGUUAGUGAUGUAAUAGUUUAUGAGGCAAUGGCUAAUGGGUUGGCUACUGCUUGGAGGGGUUUAAGCAGGCAACUAGAGAUGCGUGGGUACAUUUUAUCUGAUACAAAAAGAUUGUAUGAAUUAGCAUUAAAACAAGAAGAAUUAGCAAAGUUGCUCAAUUCCCGACUUCAAUCAACUAAAAAUGUUAAAAUUGACUCGCAUGAAACGAUAAUUGACGGCAAGUCAGCUUAUUUUGCGUUAGACCCUAGUUAA